GACUUGAACUUACAGCUACCGCAUUGGUGAGAGGCCCCUGGGUGAUUGCGCCGCGCUGACGUUCCAAGCGUCCCGGCCAUGGAGGCGCCUCACAGCCCGUGUUUUGUAUACACUCUAAAGACUCUGCGUUAAACUGACAGCAUACCGAUGGCGGCGGAUAAUGAGGAGAAGAAACUGCUGGCCCGGGGGUCGGAUAUCUGCUCCUUACUCUUCUCAGUCGUUAUUAUGGCAAUAGCGACGGCCUUGGUUGCCGUGGGGGGCUGGUUACUGAGUAGUCCCCUCGUGAGCCAGGUUGGACCGACGUUCGAGGGAUCGAUAUGGUACUCAGGAAGUGUACACGCCGUAAAAAUGCCCUUCAUGGAGUUCGCCGGGCUCGUCAGCUGCGUGGGUGGGGGCAUCGUCAUCUUCUUCAUGAUACUAGCCUUAAUUGGAAUCACCAGCUCAAAACACUCAGCACACUGCUAUAUCGGCACGUACGUCAUAUGUCUAAUCAUCAGCAUUGCAUAUUGUAUCUGCCUCUUCGUCAAAGGUGUCCCCUCUGCGUGGGAGGAGGAAACGGACGUAUUAUUUCUCAAAGAGGAAUUUAUUGCGAACUACGAAGGGCCCGACGGAGAAUCUGUCUUCUCUAAGGCCUUCACGGAACUGCAAGUUAAUUCGAAAUGUUGCGGCCUUUACGAUCCCGUUGAGAUCCGGGGCCCGAACAGUUUAAACUUCACAUCCUGGCCUAAUGCUACAUUCCCACUUCCGGGUUCCUGUGAAACGGCAGAUAUGGGUUGUCGUGAAGACUUGUUGAAAAAAGCCAAUGUGUUUUACCUUCUUGUAGUAGCCUUGUCAGUGUCGUGUAUGUUAACUCAGAUUCCAGCAUUGCUCAACGCCCUUUGCCUGUUCUCAGCAACGUGAUACAAGAUAGAAGAAUUCCAUUGUGAAAAACAUUUGGUCUCAAGCCAAAACUAGAUGAAGUUCAAACACCCCGAUCACAAAUGCGGCAGCCAUAUAUUACCCGUGGACCGCGGAAAUGCUCUUAAUAGCACCCACUGAGACGUUAUUGAGAACUGGAUUCACUGGUGUCGUUUUGACCUAUUAACAUUGUAUUUUGACUGAUACACUGUAAAGUAUGCGCUUAGUAUUUGAACACAAAACCCCGUCAAAAUGGCUUUCAUCUUCAAGUUUUUA